UAACUGACUGCAGACACAACGGGCUUGGAGUCCACGACUGUGGUCACCAUGAAGAUGCCAGUGUCGUAUGUGAAUUCCAGCAGCCUCCACUCCAGACUUCACAGUUAAUUUGUGGCCGUGAUAAAAUCCAAGUAGGUCUGCAUAUGGGCAGCAUGUCAUCCUCCGGUUUGAACCCCUUCUCGGGCAACCUGGCUUCCAGCAACUGUUCCUGGGUCAGAGUCCGUGAUGAUUAUGUUUGGUAUGAAAUGGAGGCUCGGGCAGGUGCCUGUGGAAAUGUGCUGAGGACCAACAGCACACAUGUCAUCUACUUCAACAGUUUAUUCAUCUACCCUCUGGCUAAUUUGUCCUUCGCUCUUCCUGUGGGUCUUCCCUUCUCCUGUGCUUAUCCCCUGGACACAGACGCCAGCCUGAAUGUAGCUAUCAGGCCAGACCUGUUCACUGGAGGAAUUUCAGGUUCGGGUCCAAAAGCUCGAGCCUCCAUGUCUCUGUUCCGCAACUCCAACUACACUGAGUCUUAUCCACCAGGCCAAGUCUUCCUCCCAGUGGGUUCACCUCUGUACGUGGGCAUCUCUGUGGAGGACACAGACCCAGUUUUGGCAGCUGUUCUGGAGGACUGCUACGCCACUCACUCACCAAACCCUGAUGAUCCCACACAAUAUCCUCUCAUCCAGAACAAGUGUCCCACUGACCGCCUAAAGGUGUCAAUAGUUGAGAGCGGCUCGUCCCUCCGAGCUCGUUUCUCUGCUCUGCUCUUCCUGCUCCAGGGUGAAUACAGAGACAUUUACCUUCACUGCAGCCUCAGCCUGUGUAACCAGAGGAACUACAACUGUGUACCAUCGUGCACAAGUAGGGCACAUCGCUCUGUUUCCAACUCAGCUUUUAUGAAUCCCGUCACCAUUGGACCGAUCACUUUGGACAAGCCAGCUGAGUGAUCUGGAACAUCCAAUAACAUUCUGUAGUGUGAAAUUAACUGCCAGAACUCUGUUUUCAGAAGAGAGAUGAUUUAAAUAUAAUAUUCACAAAUAUUUUACACAUAUUUUUUGAUAUUAUGUUCCAUUUGGGCUUUUUUUCAUUGUAUAACUGCAAACUGUCCAAAUAAGGUAUGCAUCCUAUUUGUAAAAACUAUACCUUGAUGCUAGAAUGUGAAACCAACUGGGUGAUAAACUGCAAAGCCACCAAGUAUCACAGUUCACACACUCUAAUCAUACACAUUACAUUUCAUUGCACCGUAUGAAAAUUGCAGAGAAGGUAUUAAUUCAAUUCAAUGCAAUUUUAUUUAUAAAGUGCCGAAUCAGAACAACUGUUUCCUCAAGGUGCUUUAUGUUGUAAGGUAUAGACCCUACAAUAAUACAAAGAAAACAGAGAAAACACCAACAAACAUAUGACCUCUAUGGCCAAGUGCUUUGGUGACAGUGGGAAGGAAAAACACACUUUUAACAGGAAGAAACCUCCACCAGUUUCUUUCUCUCGAGUCCGAACUGGAAGUUUGUUCCUCAGAAGAAGGGCAUGAAAGCUGAAGGCUCUGCCUGCCAUUCUACUUUUAAAUAUUCUAGGAACCACAAUAAAGCCCGUAGUCUGAGAGUGAAGUGCUUUAAUGGGGUGAUUCAAUACUAUAAAAUCAUUAUGAUAAGAUGGGGCCCGAUUAUUCUAGACCUUGUGUGUAAGGAAGAGGAUUUUAAAUCUGAUUCUGGAUUUAACAGGAAGCCAGUGAAGAGAAACAAAUAUCGGAGAAAUCUGCUCGCUUUCUAGUCUGUGUCAGUACUCUUGCUGCAGUAUUUUCGAUCAGCUGGAGGGUUUUCAGGGAAUUUUUAGGACAUCCUGAUAAUGAAUUACAGUAGUCCAGCCUAGAAGUAAUAAAUGCCACCAUUUCUUCUUUUUGUUUUGCGGGAUAAAUCAGCUCGGUGAGCUUGUAACAUCCUGUAAUAUCAGAAAGACUUUCUAUGAUGUAAUUAAAUCCUUUUUUCAAAUUCAUUCUAUAUGAUUUAAUCAAACUGAUGUUACAUUGUAGAAUUUAAUAUGUUAUUUCACAUGUUAUAUGCUAAGUACAUUAUAUCCAACCUUAUUAUUAUAUUCACAAAACAUUUUCUUUAUUACUGGAACUAAUAUAAUCUUUUUCAAAAAAACACUGGAUUCCUCUCUGGGUUGGUUUACUGACUUUCCAUAUUUUGAUAAACUGCCAUUAAAUUUGGGAUGGGUAUCAACAGUCAAAGAAGGAGGAUUUGAAUGACUUUGGUUAACAGAUGACUUUUCCUCUGGCGUCACCAUGAGGUUGUCAUUUGUAUUACAUGAUGAAAAUCAGGUCUGUAAGCUUUUGGACAAUGACCGUUUCUGUGAUCUUUCCUCUGUACACUGCAACACUGAAUUUUCUAGAUAUGAGUGAAGUGCAGAUUCCAGCUUGAAUUCAAGAGGUUUUUACAAAAGUACAGCAUUAACAGCUUAGUCAGGCCAUCAUUUGACUUAAAGACAUAUAUACCUAUGAGCAAGAUAAUGAAGAGUUCACGAGUGGUCAAAUAAAGAAGGAGUAUGAUCCAGAAUAUACCACAUCACCAGGUAAUGUCAUGGCCUUGGCAUGUAUGGUUAAGAAUAGAAACAAGUUAACUUUGUGUUUACUGAUGAUGUGACUCCUGGUGAUGAGUACACGACUGUACUUUCUGCUCAGAUUAAACAAAAUCCUGCAAGAAUUUCUCAAGGCAACGAAAUGGGAUAUUCUUCAAUAGACACAUCAGUCACUGAUCUGAACCCUAGUAGACCAUAGUUUACAGUUACUGAAGGCAGAAAGACCCACAAACAAGUAACAACUGAACAUGGGCUCAAUAAAAGCCUGUUAGAGCAUCUCAGAGGAGGAGCCACAGCAUUUGGUGAUGUUCACACGUCCCAGUUGCUGUCUUGGUAGCCGGGGAUCGGUCUGCCAGGGCCUCCGCUCCUGGCUGCUGCCCGACACACGAUGCACCCGACCCCUGUGAUACCUCCUGCGGGUGGUGGGCCUGCAGGACGAUGGGCCUAUGUCCUUUUUUCGGGCUGUGCCCGGCUGGGCUCAAUGGACUAAGGCCUGGCCACCAUACGCUCGCCCUCGGGCACCCUCCCUGAGCCUGGCUCCAGGGAAGGGCCCUGGUAACCCUAUCCCAGGCAGGGUGAACUGUUCUCUUCUCAUAAUGGUCUUCUGAACCGCUCUUUGUCUGGUCCCUCACCCAGGACCAAUUUGCCAUGGGAGACCCUACCAGGGGGCAGAAGCCCUCAGACAACACAGCCCCUGGGAUCCCUGGAACACACAAAACCCUCCACCACGAUAAGGUAGCGAAUCGCGGAGGGGGAUUGGUGAUGUUCAUGGAUUCUAAACUUCAGGCAGUUAUUGAGAGCAAAGAAUCCUCAUCCAAGUAUUCAAAUGUAAAAUUAUGUUAUUUUAUCUAGUUAAUUUUGAACCUCUGAAAUACAGAACUAUGUAUAAAAUGGCUUCCUAAGCAGUUAAUAGUUUUGUUAAACCCUUUGAAUUAAAGCUGAAGGUCAGCCCUUCAAUAACAUCUCGACUUUAUUAUUUAACCUCCUAAGACCUGAACUCUUUCACGGCAUGCA